ACCGACCGCGAGGUGCCCGGUGCCUCUCGGAUGCUGCUGUGGAGGUGGCCGUGGCUCGCUCAGGCUGCUGCAGUGAAGACCUGCCGCAUUCCGACUCUCCGCCGACUCAGCACCGCCCCUGCGCCAAGCCGGCCGGCCAGCGUCCAUCGAUUGCCCCGUGAGAGCUUAGAAGGCGGCAGGCGAAGAGGGGUAGGAGGGGGGAGAGCCAAGGAGCAGCAAAGGGGGUGACAGGCGGGGAUCUGCUGAGCUGGCACUGCACCGGGUCCUAGGAGGGAUGCAGGAGGGGAGGGGAGCUGCGGCGAGCCCCAGAGCGAUAGCAGGUGUGCGCUAAGGCAAUCAGAGCAGGAAGAAAAACCCACUCACCAACACAGAAAAACAGUGCACACCCCAAAACCCAAACCUCUCAAUAAAGCUGCACUGGGGACUCUCAGGCUUUCCAAAUUGGGUAAAAGGCAGAGUGGAGGAGGGGGAGGUGGUAACUAGCAAAGUUGCAGACCUCUGAACCUCCUGGCUCUGAAGCCCCUCCCCGUGAGCGUGGGGGAGACUCACUCUCCGGUGGGGGGGGCGCCUGGGUCCCCCCCACCCCUCUUCCCUCGCUCCUUCACACCCCGGGCUCUCUCCUGGCCUCCCACCCCUGCACCCUGCUUCCAUCAUGACGGUGAUGUCGGGGGAGAAUGCGGACGAGGCUUCGGCCGCUCCGGGUCACCCCCAGGAUGGGAGCUACCCACGGCAGGCCGACCACGAUGACCACGAAUGCUGCGAACGCGUGGUGAUUAACAUCUCCGGGCUACGCUUCGAGACGCAGCUCAAGACCCUGGCACAGUUCCCCAACACGCUGCUGGGCAACCCAAAGAAACGCAUGCGCUACUUCGACCCCCUAAGGAACGAGUACUUCUUCGACCGCAACCGGCCCAGCUUUGAUGCCAUCCUUUAUUACUACCAGUCAGGGGGCCGCCUGCGCAGGCCGGUCAAUGUGCCCCUGGACAUGUUCUCUGAGGAGAUCAAAUUUUACGAGUUGGGCGAGGAGGCCAUGGAGAAGUUCCGGGAAGAUGAGGGCUUCAUCAAGGAAGAGGAGCGCCCCCUACCUGAGAAGGAGUACCAGCGCCAGGUGUGGCUGCUCUUUGAGUAUCCGGAGAGCUCAGGACCUGCCAGGGUUAUCGCCAUUGUAUCUGUUAUGGUCAUCCUCAUCUCCAUAGUCAUCUUUUGCCUGGAGACUCUCCCUGAGCUGAAGGAUGACAAGGACUUCACGGGCACCAUCCACCGCAUCGACAACACCACAGUCAUCUAUACUUCCAACAUCUUCACAGACCCCUUCUUCAUUGUGGAAACCUUGUGUAUCAUCUGGUUCUCUUUCGAGCUGGUGGUGCGCUUCUUCGCCUGCCCCAGCAAGACAGACUUCUUUAAGAACAUCAUGAACUUCAUCGACAUCGUGGCCAUCAUUCCUUAUUUCAUUACCCUGGGCACAGAGAUAGCUGAGCAGGAGGGAAAUCAGAAGGGCGAGCAGGCCACUUCCCUGGCCAUCCUCAGGGUCAUCCGCUUGGUAAGGGUGUUCAGAAUCUUCAAACUCUCUCGCCACUCUAAGGGCCUCCAGAUCCUCGGCCAGACCCUCAAAGCUAGCAUGAGGGAGUUAGGGCUGCUCAUCUUUUUCCUCUUCAUUGGGGUCAUAUUGUUUUCUAGCGCAGUGUACUUUGCCGAGGCGGAAGAAGCUGAGUCGCACUUCUCCAGUAUCCCCGAUGCUUUCUGGUGGGCGGUGGUGUCCAUGACCACUGUGGGAUACGGUGACAUGUACCCUGUGACAAUUGGAGGCAAGAUCGUGGGCUCCUUGUGUGCCAUCGCUGGUGUGCUGACAAUUGCCCUGCCCGUACCUGUCAUUGUGUCCAAUUUCAACUAUUUCUACCACCGAGAAACUGAGGGGGAAGAGCAGGCUCAGUUGCUCCACGUUAGCUCUCCUAACUUAGCCUCUGACAGUGACCUCAGCCGCCGCAGCUCCUCUACUAUCAGCAAAUCUGAGUACAUGGAGAUUGAAGACGAUCUGAACAAUAGCAUAGCCCAUUACAGACAGGCUAAUAUCAGAACUGGUAACUGCACCACAGCUGAUCAAAACUGCGUUAAUAAGAGCAAGCUCCUGACCGAUGUUUAAAAAGCAACAGGCAAGCAAGCAAAAGCCCCAAACAAAAGCCCCGGUGACUCUUGCCCCACACUGUAGAUACCUUACAAACCAUUAGUCUUUGGAUGCUUUACCUGUCAAUGCAUUGUUGCAUUGUGAGUCUGGGGAGUGGCAAACCUGAAGCUUUCAAGACCCAUUAAGAAAAUAAAACUAUUUUCAUUUUACUAAAAAUGAGAAAAGAAAGUAUUUUAUAAAACUGGCUUCAGUGCCGUCCAUUAAGGAGUCUGUAAGGAAUAAGACUCACGCUUUCCCUGUACUGAAAUAUUUCCAGUCUUUUGGCAUAAGGUUUUUUUUUUUCGGAAACCUUAAAAUCAGUUGAGCACUUAGGAAUAUAAAAUUCCAAUUUGCAUGGGACUCCACUCUAAAAUCUUUGCAAAGUGCACACCACAUUUCAGAUAGUGUACCCCGCGGAACAUGUAACAGCCUCAGUGGCCAGUGAACAAAUGCUUUUAUUUUAAUCAACUGAAUUGCACACAAGGCAACCAAAACCCGGACCAAUUAAGGCUGGUUCUCAAAGCAACGUAUACAUCUGUUACUGGUCCCAGUCCGUUGGGAUUUUCCAUCUGCCCCAUUCUCCUAGUCUAUUCUCUAAGAAAAGGGUAACUUGAUUAAAUGAGUUGAUUCAUCUGUAGAGCUGCUAAGUUCUCUCGACUGCAGAUGAUCCAAAUAGAGGUCUUUUCUCACUAAUCCUGCACCCUCACCCCUGACCUUCAGAAGUGGAUGUAAAACCUUCCCACUGUACCCUCCUUAUUGCAAGAGCACAAGAGUUAAAUGGUAAGCAUGUUUGAAUCUGAUAACACUUCUUUUAUAAUAGCAUGCCGAGACAGUUAACCCAGACACUAGGGAUAAGCUUACGUUGAAACCGACUCUUCUGACUAUAGGCCCCCUUUUCAUUUGCAUUCACCAAAAGUGCACUCCUUCAUUUACUAACUCUUUUCUUAGCAACUAAAGUACUGUAUUUAAGUACACAUGUUAGUCAGAUGGGAACAAUCCCUUUUUUGGAGCUCUAAGCAUGUUCUCUUAGUCAGCAUUAUGGCCUAUUUGAUUAAGAUGUACCUUGACUUCAUUAAUGCAUGGUUUCAGUAAUAAAAAUUAGACAAUACUAAAACUCACAAGUCUGUGGGAUGAGAGGGCCCAAAA